AUGGGAUCGUCAAUUCCACCCGAACUACUGGGUUUAAAUUGUAGAUUAUUAUCAGCAACAAAAACUUACAUUCCCAAAACUAUCAGUGAUUUUCUUGCAGAAGUUUCAAUGAUUAGUGAUACUUCUGAAAGGGUUUUAAAGCUUGAUGAUUACGUCAAAGGACUCCAAGAUGAAAUGAAGAAAAUCGAUGCCUUCAAACGGGUGCUUCCUCUUUGCAUGCUCCUGCUCAAAGAUGCGAUCGUGACAAUGGAGGAAGAGAUAAAACAGUGCAAGAAAUCAAAUGUUCAGCCAGUUUUAGAAGAAUUCAUACCAUUGAAGAAACCUGAUGAUGAUGAUGAUGAAGAUGAAAAGGUCAUGGUCAGUACAGAAAAGGAUGUUAACAAUAGAGAUAAAAUGAACUGGAUGAGCUCUGUGCAGUUAUGGAAUUCAGAUCAUCACCAUCAAUAUCCGAAUCUCGAUUUGAAUAACAAUAACCAAACCUUAAAACUGGAUACAAAAAAGGUAGUGGAAGAAGAAAUUCGUCGGCCCGUGAUGGAUGAUUUGUUUCGUUGUAGUAGAUUACGUUCCUCUUUGGCAACUAAUGUUGGAUCGAAUUUAAGGAACAGACAGCAAUCAAAGCAGCAGCAAACUGCUAGGAAGCAAAGGAGAUGCUGGUCGCCUGAAUUGCAUCGGAGAUUUGUCGAUGCAAUGCAACAAAUUGGAGGUCCACAAGUUGCUACUCCUAAGCAGAUCAGAGAAGUUAUGCAAGUUGAUUGUCUCACAAAUGAUGAAGUGAAGAGUCAUUUGCAGAAAUAUCGCCUUCAUACUCAAAAAGUUCAAAGCAUGUCCACGAAUCAACCUGUUGUUGUACUAGGAAGUUUGUGGGAAGAACGACAGUAUGGUGAAUCCUCAAAACCGAGCAUAUCCCAAUCCUGUUCUCCUCAAGGACCUCUUCACUUAACUGGAUCCUCCCGAGCAACUUCCAUGACUGGAGUGGAUAGCAUGGAAGACGAAGACGAUGAAAACUUAGAGAGCCAUAGCUGGAAAAGUUGCAUUCAUUUAUCCAUGUAG